GGGAUUCUCUGCACCUCCACGGCCCAAAGGCCAUCGGAGGCAACACGGACCGGCGGCCACGGCGACGGGAGAACGAGAAACCCUAGUUGCCUGGGAGUAGCUUCUUGGGGAGGAGGAAAGGAAAGAUGCCUAAAGUGUGAAAGUUUGAUUGAAUGCCUUCUAGAAUGUUACACUCUGAGGUUUUGUGGGAAUGGCAUUGUCCUAUGGUCUUUCGCUAAAUACAUCAUUUGUUUUCUUUACUCAAAGCCAGUGCAACCUUGGGAAUCAAAUAAUCUCGGUGGAACGGGUGAGCCAAUACAUGGACAUACCAAGUGAAGCAGCAGAAAUCAUUGAAGACAAUCGACCAUUAGCAGAUUGGCCCCAAAAUGGCAAUGUGGAGAUUAGGCAUUUGAAGAUCAGGUAUAGGAUAGAUGCUCCCCUUGUACUACAUGGAAUCACUUGCAAUUUUGAAGGUGGAGAUAAGAUUGGUAUAGUUGGUCGAACAGGAAGUGGCAAGACAACGUUAAUUGGUGCAUUGUUUCGCCUUGUUGAACUUGAUGAAGGGAAAAUAAUUAUAGACUCUGUGGAUAUUAGUACGAUAGGCUUACAUGAUCUGCGAUCGCGUUUGGGUAUCAUUCCACAAGAUCCAACACUUUUUCAGGGUACAAUAAGAUACAAUCUAGAUCCUCUUGGGCAAUUCUUUGGUGAAAAAUAUAUGGGAGGUAAGAUUCUGCACAACUAA